AUGGGCGUGCCCUCUGCUUCCUCUUCUUCGCCUGCUCCGACAUCCUGGCAUUCGACUGCGCUUGCCGGUGCGCCGGAUCAGAAGGUCGACGGCGCGACGUACAUCGAAAACGUUGUCCCUCCGCCUCAGUCCCCUACGUCUAAGCUGAACGACCCUGAGAGCGGACUCGCGCCGUUGUCGGAGCUGCUUGACCUGGAGGAGGAGCCUAUCCCGGAUCGCCUGUGGACAAUGAAGGGCAUGAGUCUUCUCGUGGUCACUGGAACUGCGCAGUUGCUCGACAACCUGCUAUUAACAGCCGUCAACAUUUCUCUUCCGGCCAUGUCUCGCUCGCUCCACAUCGAAGCAUCCAGUACCAGCUGGAUUAUGAGCGCGUACGCGCUUGCAUUCGGAGGGUUCUUGCUCCUUGCGGGCGUGAUGGCAGACCGAUAUGGCAGAAAACGCGUCUUUGAACUUGGAAUGGCCUGGCUGACGCUCUGGACGCUACUUGUCUCUUUUGCGCCAAACAAGGUCGCUGCCAUCGUCUUCCGCGCCAUGCAAGGUCUCGGCGCUGCCGCUUCUGUCCCUGCUGCGGUCGGCAUCCUGUCGCAAUACUUCAACUCCCGGGAACGCAACACCGCGUUAUGUAUCUUUGGCGCCGCCGGUGCGGUCGGCUUCUCCUCCGGGCUCGUGUUCGGUGGCAUCAUCCAGGCCUUCCUCAACUGGCAAUGGAUCUUCCGCAUCUCGGCCAUGCUCGUCGGCGCCAUCACCCUCGCGGGCGUCUUCGUGCUCCCGCCGGACGCGGAGGUGGAAGGACCGAAGCCGGCGAUGGACUUCAUGGGCGCCGGCCUCGGAACGGGCGGGCUCGUCUUGCUCGUGUUCUGCCUAUCGAGCGGCGGAAUCUACGGAUGGGGCAAGGCACGUUCUCUCCUCCUCGCGUUCAUCAUCGCGGUCCUCAUCGUCUCCGUCUUGAUGCUCGUCGCGUUCACCUACGCCGAGAAGAAGGUCAAGAAUCCGCUCAUGCCGCUCAUGCUUUGGCGUGCGCCCAAUUUUGGCGUGUCCUGGGUGUGCGGCUUGCUUCUGUACUGUUGGUGGCAGAGCGUGGUGUACUACAUGGUGCUUAUCGCACAAAACGUGCACCAUCUGAGCGCGAUCCAGACCGCGCUCAGGUUCAUGCCGAUUGGCAUCAUCUCCUUCCCCAUCUGCGUUUGUGGAGGAUGGUAUAUCCAGCGGUUCCCGCUGAAGAUGCUCAUUAUGUUCAGCAUGAUUGGAUGUGUCGUUUCGGUCAUCCCGGCAGCCGUGAUGACGAUCAAGUCCGACUUCUGGACGCACCUGUUCAUCACGUCCAUACUUGGAUCGAUCUUCAUCAGUCUCUCUUACAGCGUGCUGAACCUCGCGCUGAUCAGCGCGGUUCCGCCGUCCGCCCAGGGUCUAGCCGGUGGCUUGGCCAACACGUCUUACCAGCUCGGCUCAGGGAUUGGACUGGCAGUCACCGCCGCCGUGCAGCAAGCCGUGUCCAAAGGCGUCGAUCCGCACUCGCCCGCCGGCCUACUUGCGGCGUACAAGGCAUGUCUGUGGACGACGGGCGGGAUGGCGGGCAUGGGAUUCGUCCUCGUCGCACUCUUCUUGCGCAACCUCACGCCUAUGUCGCGAGGCCCGGUUACGGUCCACUAA